UCAUGGCUGCUUGCCGUUCAGUGCAUCGGUUUUUCCGCUGAAAGUAACCAUUAGAAAUUAGCUACAGAAAGGACGCGUUUGAACCCGAAGGCAGAAAAGGCUUCAAACAAGAAAAACAAACAUGUCGGUCGCUUACUCUCAGCAGCAACAAUCGCAGCAGUCGUCUAGCCCGGCAAACCGGAGUGGUCCUGGAGGUCCAAUGAACCGCGGUGGUGGCCCUCCGCCAAGUCCGAUGCAUAUCCAGAAAAUAUUGGACGAAAAUGCCGGUCUCAUUCAGACCAUCCAGGACUUUCAGAAUAUGGGGAAAGCUCACGAAUGUAUGUCGUACCAUGUUGCGCUACAUCGUAAUCUAGUGUAUUUGGCUAAUCUUGCCGAUCCGCAGCAUAACAUACAAGCACUGCUUCCGCCUCCGCACGUUCUUCAGCACGGCAGCGGCCCUCCGAUGCAUGGAGUUCCUCCAAGUAGUGUAGCACCCGGACAUGAAAGUGAUCCAUCGCACGGAGGGCAGGCACAAACUCCCGGGCCAAAUCAAGCGGCUGUACCGGCGGGAGCGCCCCAACCGCCGGAACAGCCCCCAUCUUCGCAAGCCGGUGUUCAACCACCAACGAGCCAAGCGCAUCCUCCACCGCCAAAUCAACAACCAGUGGGUGGAUAUCGUGGUGGACCGCAGAUUCCACCUCCCACGUCUACGGCAGCACAGACCGCUCCGAAUCAGGGUCCUCCUGCUCCAGGGCAACCCGGAAGACCAGGUGUUCCACCUCAGCAAGCUCCGAUGCCUCAGCAAGCACAAGGAUAUCCUCCUCAGCGUGGACCAUACCAACAACAUGGACAUUAUCCCGGUUAUCCACCGCCAAAUCAACCGUACCCAGCUCAACCAGGAUAUCCACCUUACGGUCCUCCGAACCCUGGCCAAGGCUAUCCACCGAAUGCACCGCAAAGCUAUCAUCACGGUGGUAUGCCACCGACGACUUCAAACGCUGGACCACCUCAAGGAACACCGUAUCCAAAUGCAGGUCCACCACAGGGACCUCAAGGAAAUCCCCAACAGGGCAGCUAUCCACAAGGGCCUCCAAGUGCACCUACAUCUCAACCGCAGAUGUACGGACCACCGGUCGGUGGACAAUAUCCUCCACAAUCGGCCGGUGGUCCCCCGAUGCCACACGGUUAUCCAGGCUACGGCAGUCCGAAUCCUCCCAAUGCUUAUGGACAACCACCUUCCGGGUAUCCUCCGGCCACUGGACAGCCGAGUUAUCCACCACCGCAACAACAAUAUCCUUCAAGUUACCCUUCCGGUCAACCUGUUCCGCAUGGUCCACCGACAACAUCUGCUCCCAGUCAACCAGCUGCUCCGGCUAGUGCUCCUUCCACACAAUCCAGCGGUGCACCUACUUACACAAAUCAAUCGAGCCCAGCUUCCGGACAGUCAUCCAGUCCUAACACAAAUCCGCCUCCAUCCAGUGGCCCCCAUUCGGCCAUUCCACCAACUACUUCCACUGGUUAUGCUGCUGCCGGUCCUGGUGCUGUACCACCGCAGGCUUACACAUCACCUCCGGCAACCGCCGGUCCACAUCCUCCACAGAGUAGCUACGUUCAGCCCCAGGGACCGGGACCUCAGACUCCGGGUCCGCCACAAUCCUAUGCAACUUCACCACCAUCUACGCAACAUCAACAACCACCCGGAAGCUAUCCGCAGGCAGCUCCCGGAGGUCCCCAAGGUCAGGGACCACCACCGGCUCCCGUUUAUCCACCGCACGGUUACCAUCAACAGGGCUAUUCGCCGAUUCCGCCCCCACAGGGUCAGUAUCAGCAGACAGCUCAGGGUUACCAGUAUCAGCGUCCGCCAAAUAGCCAGAUGCCACCACCUGGACCGCAGGGUCCUCCACCUCAGGGUGCGUACGGGUACGGAUACGGACAACCCCCGCAGUAAGGGUUGGCGCGAUUAUGAAGGAGUUUGGGAACGAAUCUCAGUUUCGACACCAACGGCAAAGAUUAAGCCUCCCCGCCGUGCGGUCGUUUGUUUAAUCCAGUACAUUAGAAAUACUUUCAUCAUCUCGACAAUGUGUUUUACGGCAGUUUUGACAGCACGGAUUGGAUCCGUUUUUUUACUAUUUGACAAUGCUCCGCCGGAGGUUCGUUCGGAGUAUCAAUCAAUUUUCCAUCACUUUAUCAAACCAACUUGAUGAUCAACCAUCGCGUCGGGCACACAAAAUAUCCGAUGAGACUUCAGAUUGGUACCGACUGUAUAGAACUUUCCAUACGCGUGCAUGCUAGGCAUUAAAUGGUUAAACUUUGUGUAAGAUGUGUAUUUUGAGAAUGUAAGAAAUAAAGUCAGUUAGCAACUGGAGAA